UCAAAGUGAAGCCUCCGCAAACUUAUUACUGCGUGUUACCACAGGCAAGGGAGACAGAGGAGGAUUUAAAACGCAGCGCAUUCCCGACGCGUUUCACAACUGCUGUCAGGGCGCCUGAACUCAGCCCUGCGCGCGCCUGCAACCCGGCGGCUCUUUAGAUCCAUGGAAGUGGCCGGCUUGUACGAGGAGGGCGGCUUCGCGAUCCACGGCAGAGACGGGGUCAUCGCUCCCAUCGGCGGCGGCUCGUACUGGAGGAUCGGCGACUCAAUGACGGAGCUGGGUGUGGAGGAGCGGGAGAGAGCCAUAGACUUCAGCGCGUACCUGGACUCAGCCCUGCACUGCCCGCAGCAGCAGCCGCAGCAGCAGCAGGGCGCACAGCUCUCCGACUACCUCGGGGAUAGUAAGAUCAAAAGAGUCACGGCUCUCCACAACUAUAAAAACUACUCUCUGCUGAACGAGCUGGAGGCGAGUCAGUGCGAUAAGUUGCGGGAGCCCUACGGACUGGCUUAUACGGAGCUGCAGGAGACCCGGGUGGACGGCGUGCUGAGCGCGGAGCUGGUGGGGAGCCGCUACCGACCCACCGCUCCAGCAGACAGGGAAGACAGCCAGGAAGACCCCAAAAUGGAAAACGGCUCGUCUGGUUUCGACAUGAGGUCCUACCUUCAUUACCAAUCCACCAGUGGGAGUCUUGGGAACAUUUCCACCGCGUCCUCGACCUGUUCCAGCCCGCCCGGCACACCUGCGCCGUCAGGUAGCAGCAGGUCGCCGUCGCACGGCGGCAAAUCGUCCGGAGGCAAAUCAAAGAAACGCCUGGAUAAGGACAGCGAGGAGUACCGGCUGAGGCGGGAGAGGAACAACCUCGCCGUGAGGAAGAGCAGGGACAAAGCCAAGAUGCGCAACAUGGAGACGCAACAGAAAGUGCUGGAGCUGGCUGUGGAGAACGACCGUUUACAGAAGCGCGUGGAGCAGCUGUCCAGAGAGUUGGCCACCUUGCGCAACCUGCUCUCUGCAACCGGACAGUGUUAGACACCCUGCUGGACUUUACACAUGUUGAAAACAUGGGGUACUACUCACCCACCGGUUUACAAGGACACAGAAAGAGACUGAACAAAGUGGGUGCAUGGGGUUGCGCAACCAUCAACGACUCUUCCUUCACAUGUCAGCUUAGCUUUAUUCUCAGAUGUCAAAUUUUAUAUAUAUGUGUGUGUGUGUGUGUGUGCAGUAUUUCUGUGCAGGUUUCACAUCCAUUCCUUGUGAAUUUCUUCAUUUUGUGUACACUGUGUCUGCAGCAAUGGCUGUCAGGGGAAGAGUUGUGCUGCAGUGAAAUGAUGCAACUCUUUGAAAUAGUAUUGCCAAUGAAUGAAAUAAGUCUAAUUAUUUAAUAUUGAAAGGUGAAAUGCUUUAAUUGUACUUGAUAUUUUAUUGAAUUAAACAGAUUUAU